CCUUUGCAAAGUUCAAGCUCUUUUUUUCUUGGUCCAUUUUUAACUCCCACCUCUACCAAACGUAACGGUGGACAUGUUCCACUCCUCAAAAGGUAGAUCAUUCUGUAUCUGAGAGCUGUUCAUGCGGCUCAAACUAAACCCCCGGCUGCUAGGCUCUCACAUUGAGAGGACAACGUGCAGCUUCACACUCUGAGUGAGGGCACUAUCUAGACAUGUAGCACAUCUAACGACAGAAGAAGGGAUACUGCAGAUAUACUGUUUUCUCUAAGAUACCACCAUGACCCAGAAUCUACUACUCAACACUACCUGGGAGGGAUUGAACCCCUCCAAUUCCUCCAGAUUGAAGGAAAACCCUUCCAGCCACCAGAACAUCACAUUUGUGGAUUUCUACCUCCACACGUCCUCGGUGGCUGCGGUCUUCACCGUCUCCUACCUCCUCAUCUUCCUGGUGUGCAUUAUGGGUAACGUGGUGGUUUGUUUCAUCGUGCUGCGCAACAAGAACAUGCGCACUGUCACCAACCUGUUUAUCCUCAACCUGGCCAUCAGUGACCUGCUGGUUGGCAUCUUUUGCAUGCCAACCACUCUGGUGGACAACAUCAUCACAG